AUGAUGCAGCAUUUAGACAUGGCUCUACUGUCGGCAUUUGUGGAGAGGUGGCAGCCGGACACAAACACCUUCCACAUGCCGUUUGGAGAGAUUUCGAUCCUUCUACACGAUGUGCAUCACAUUCUUCGGAUACCGGUUGACGGAGAGCUGAUGGGAGAUGAGGCGUCGCAGGAUACUCUUAAGUCAGACAUGGGUGGUCUAGUUCGACUUUCGGUGGAUGCUCAGGUUGGUGGUAAGUGGAAGUCGAAGUGGUACGAUAAUGGUGCUAUGCAUGCAGAGGGAUUGUUGGUGCGUGGGGGAGAGCUGAAGAUUAAGGAGAUGGAGGUGCAGUGUUACCUAUUUGUGUUGCUGGGAUCCACGCUUUUUGUGGAUAAGAGUCGUGAUCGCCUUCGUCCUGCGAUCAACUUGUUUCUGAAGGAUCAUCGACGAUUGGCUGAUUACGCUUGGGGAGCUGGUGCACUAGCCUAUCUCUACAGACAGUUGGGAGUGGCCACACGAGCGGGUCCACCAAUUGCGGUCCACCAAUGGCUCAACCGCAGGUGA